GUCGUCAGUCUUCUCUAUCCAGUCCAAAAUGUACACAUGUGUCCGAAUAUGGCUUCUCCUCACGGUUCUUCACACUCUGGCUCUUGCUGUUGUGGGAAGAAGAGAGAGGAGAAACGUCCUUUUCAUCAUGGCAGAUGAUUUGCGGACAUCUUUAGGCUGCUAUGGGGACUCUGUGGUCAAAUCCCCAAACAUUGAUCAACUGGCAUCCAAAAGCCAAGUUUUUCUCAAUGCAUAUGCACAGCAAGCUGUGUGUGCUCCCAGUCGUACGUCCAUGUUAACUAGUCGUAGACCAGACACCACCAGGGUCUAUGAUUUCAAGUCUUACUGGAGAGUCCAUUCUGGGAACUACACGACCAUGCCACAAUACUUCAAAUCUCAAGGCUACUUCACUAUGUCUGUGGGCAAGGUGUUUCAUCCAGGCAUCGCCUCGAACCACACUGAUGACUACCCUUACAGCUGGUCCAUCCCCGCGUACCACCCGGCUUCCUUUAGAUUUGAGAAAGAAAAGAUGUGUAAAGGAGAGGAUGGUGAGCUCCACGCCAACUUACUAUGCGCAGUGAACGUGACCCAGCAGCCGGGGGGGACCCUCCCCGACAUGGAGAGCACAGACGAGGCAGUGAGAUUGCUGAAGACUCGGGCCAACCACGACGUUCCUUUCUUCUUGGCUGUGGGCUUUCACAAACCACACAUACCCUUCAGGAUACCACAGGAGUACCUGGAUCUUUAUCCCAUAGAGCAUAUGACUCUGGCCCCUGACCCCAGUGUCCCUAAACUCCUUCCUCCUGUGGCCUACAAUCCCUGGACAGACGUGAGGAAAAGAGACGAUGUCCAAAAGCUUAACAUUAGCUUCCCAUAUGGACCAAUUCCUAAAGACUUUCAGCUGCGUAUUCGUCAGCACUAUUACGCUGCUGUGUCUUACAUGGACGCUCAAGUUGGACGUCUGCUCCGUGCUCUGGAUGAGCUGGGGCUGGCCAACAGCACUAUGGUGGUGUUCACCUCAGAUCAUGGAUGGUCGUUGGGAGAACACGGCGAAUGGGCUAAAUAUUCAAAUUUCGAUGUGACGACGCGCAUCCCUCUUAUCUUCUUCGUUCCUGGGGUCACCACAUGCAGUGAUCAGCUGCGGAAGUCAACCUUUCCCUUUAUUGAUCCCCUCACCCCAUCAGAGCCCAUCUCAAAGAUUGACAAAGUAACAAGAAACAUGGUGGAGCUGGUGGAUGUUUUUCCUACCGUCUCCUACAUGGCUGGCCUCAAAGCACCUCACCCUUGUCCUGACAUUUCCUUCCAGAAGGAGUUGUGUACAGAAGGAAACAACCUGGCCUACACCUUCCGACACUCUGAACAAGGACCGGAUGAGGAAGCCAUAUCUUUCAGCCAGUACCCUCGACCUGCUGAUACACCACAGGUGAACUCUGACCUCCCAGAUCUAAAAGACAUAAAGAUCAUGGGUUACUCUCUACGCUCCUGGGACUAUAGAUACUCUCUCUGGCUAGGAUUCAACCCUAAAACCUUUCAGGUAAAUGUUACCGAUGUCCAUGCUGGAGAGUUGUACUUGUUGGCAGACGACCCCGGUCAGGAUAAUAACGUCUUUAGUGACUUUGAGGCCAGUGUUAUGCUGACAAAGAUGGCCAUUCUGCCCCGUACGGUGAGCCUGCAGAUGAGAAUGAGGCUGCAGCUCCUCUACCUCUCAGCAGGGAGGAAAACGGCACGAAGGAAGGCGCGAUGACGAGAAUAAAACCCAACACAUAGACAGAUGGAGUGAUGGAUGGAUAAAAACUAUCAAGAAAAGGGAUCACACCUUGAUUAGUUUUUUCUUAUGUGGUAUCACUAUUAAUCGUUCAGGCUCAGUUCUUCUGCCUAAUGUUCCUUAUUAACAGGCAGAUCUGGGUUCAACACAUGAGCAAAGGGAAUAAGAAAGUUAUUUUUUUUUUUUUUUUUUUAUACUUUUGA